ACGCCUCCAUCCCGGGGUCAGUCCUCCACUGUGCUCCGCCCUCUUUAAGAAGAUAUCCUCCUCCUCCUGUUCUCCAACCAUCGACACAACUUCAAAGCAGACUUCAGUUUGUCGGUUUUGUGUUUUCACACCGGGUGCUGCUUUAAAAAAAGGAAGCAGAACCGGUCGGUAUGUGAAACGUCCUGCGGCUGAAACUCGACACGUUACCGGGGAGAUGAGCUCCAGGUCAUAGCCGACGGUUACACCACACGAGCUUCCCUAGUUAUUCUACUGUCUGUUGAAGUGUGUCUGUAGAUUCAGUCAUGGCUCGCGGUUGCAUCUGCUGUGUGAAAUACAUGCUCUUCCUCUUCAACCUGCUCUUCUGGCUGGGCGGGUGUGGACUGUUGGGCGUGGGCGUGUGGCUGUCGGUGUCUCAGGGCAGCUUUGCCACCCUGUCGCCCUCCUUCCCGUCACUCUCCGCCGCCAACCUCAUCAUCACGCUCGGCACGGUCGUCAUGGUGACGGGUUUCCUCGGCUGCCUGGGUGCCAUUAAGGAGAACAAGUGCCUGCUGCUGAGUUUUUUCAUCGUUCUGUUGACCAUCCUCUUGGCUGAACUCAUCCUCCUCAUCCUGUUCUUUGUCUACACUGACAAGGUGGGCGAAAAUGCCAGACGGGACCUGAAAGAAGGUCUGGUUCUGUACAACACAGAAAACAACGCCGGCCUGAAGGACGCAUGGAACACCAUACAGGGAGAGUGGCGAUGCUGUGGAGUGACGAACCACAACGACUGGUACAGCGCCCUGCAUGGAAACGUGGUUCCUGACCGCUGCUGUCAGCAGUUUUAUCAGGGCUGUGGACGCAACUCCUCCAAUGUCUUCUGGACACGGGGUUGCUAUGAGAAGGUGGAGGAGUGGCUGGAUGACAACAAACACCUUCUGGGAACCAUCGCCAUGUGCGUGUUGGUCAUACAGCUUCUUGGCAUGGCUUUCUCAAUGACGCUUUACCAACAGAUCCACAGAGCGGGGAAAAAGUAUGAAGCCUGAUCGGGUUUUUUUUUUUUAAAUCGCCCUCUGCCCUCGUUUACAGUCUGUUACUCUCUCACCUUUUGUUUAUAGGAACAAUACGAUACUGAUUUCUGUUUGCCACUGCAACUUUUCAUCUUCACUUAACCACCCAGUUAUUGAUGUGAAUAAGCAUUUGUACUACUUUAUGUUUAGCGUAUAAAAUCACACUGUACUGCAUGUUUUUAUGAUACAUAUUUGUGAGUUGUAGGAUUUGAUGUGAAGCCUGUGGAGAAAUAUAUAAACGAUUAGAUAAAAAGAAGCUCUGUGUACUAACAUGUUCAAUAAAAGCACUCUUCACACA